AUGAGACGCAUCAGUCUAAUUGUCAAUGACUUGGAAUUUGGUUAUUUAAAAUGGAUUCUUAAUAAUGUUAAUCAUGUUAAAAAACUUGAAAUUAAUUUACAUAGCGGAUAUAUAUGGAAUAGAAAUGAUAUUAUAUGGAGAUCUUUUAUUGAUGCAAAUUUCAUUCGUCAAUAUUGUUUACCUGAUCGAAUAAUUAAUUUGAAAGAUUUUCGUUUUUAUAUUUGUGCAAAUUGUCAAUUAUCAUCAAAUGAUAUUUUUAGAACAAUAAAUUCCUUUAAAAUCGAUUCAUUUUUUAUCGAUCAUCAAUGGACAGAUGUUAAAAGUUUUUAUAAUGAAAAUAUAUCAAUGGAAUAUCAAACUUUUGAUGACUUAAAAGAAAAUGCUCUGAGUACUGUUCGACAUGCUGAAUUUGGUAUUCCAAGUUGUAAUUUUGCUGCAAAUAAAUCAGCUCAUAUUGGCAAACGGCUCAUACCAUUUCUUAGCACUUAUAUGUCUCAUUUACAAACAUUACGUCUUUGGAGACCUGAUGAUUUUCCUUGGACAUCAAGUAAGAUUUUUUUAAAUUUUAAUUCUGAAUAAUAUUUAAUUAAAUUUUAGUAGUUAUUAGGGAAAGAAAAUCUCGUCUCUUGAUGUAUGCUUACUAAUCAUUUAUCUUUAUUUUCAGAUGAUAGAGCAAAUGGAGAGGACUGAAGAAUGUCAGAUGUCAUGUACUGUCUUGUUUUUGGUCGAUAGUAGAAAUAUAUCCAAUAGUAAUAUAAAGAUAACAUGUUAAAAAAUUAAACAAAUUAUUUACUAUUUCUGAGUUGACAGAUUUGUCAGACAAAUAUCUGAAAUUUUGGUCAAAGAACUAUAAAAAUAUAUCCAGUAUAUUUUAUUUCAUUUACGAACAUUGAUUAAAUAUGAUUGUCUUAUUUUUCGGACUAUUUUAUAAAGGCGUAUCUCCUACUUAUAGCAGAGCAGUCUUGAUGUAUUGGAAAAAAAAAAUUCUAUGAUUGACACGUAUCAUCAGCUUAUAUAAUUUUGUGUUUAUUUUAUUUGACAAAACGCAAAACUGAUAUAAUAUGUUUAGAAAACGACUAGACAGAUUAAAAUUAAUAGCUGAGUUGUCUCUUUUUCUUCUCUACUUAUUUUUUAAGUUCCUUAAAUUUCACUCUAGGAUCGUUUCGUUGAUAAAGUUCGAAAACAGUGUAUUGUAUAGUAAUCAAAUCCAAAAGACAGAAAUUCUAAAACAAAAUUGAAUAGAAUAUUUUCUAACCAUUGAUUUUUCCUGAAGAAAAGAAAAAUAUUGAUAACGAAGAAGACUAUUUAUAAUACUUAUUUUAUUUGUUUUUGAUUUCUUCCAGUUCGACCAAUUAUCAAAUCCAAAUACUCAUAUGGCACUGUUGUCACACAAUGGAGACGAAAACUGGAAACAUCUCAAUCUAUCAGUGUGUAACUCAACUAUUUCUGAAAGAAGACUAACUAAUUUUUGUUAUUUAGAGCAACAUGUAAUUGUUUUUCAAGAUGAUCUUUCUCAAUUAAUUAAACAAUUAAAACAUUUUGUGUUUCUCGAUAUUUACGGUCUAAUUUCUUUUAAAAGAGUCAAAUCUUAUCGUUUAAUGGUACAAACUCGCUUUCCAAAUAGUCUAUCUGAUGUUCAAAUAUCAAGAUUCCGUCUUUGGGUGUAAUUAUCAUUCCUAAAUUAGGGGUAGCACUUUAACUUUAAACUUUAAAUUUAAAGUAAAGUUAAAGCGCCAUCCCUAUCGCUAAUAUGAUAUCGUUUUAUAUUAAACAUCUUUCUUUAUGUUUAAUUCUUAAUCCAAUAACAUUUAUCUUAGUUAUUCUUGGAUUCUUUUGAACCUAUCAGAAUUUAUAUGUCUGAUUGAUUCAUUAUUGUAGGAAGUGAUUUUCUCAUGUUCAUAUCAACAUAUAUAAGUAAAGAACGCACCUAUUGUAUUGUAUACGAAAAAAAUUGAAAAAAAUAAAUUUCAUGAUACAAGCAAACCAAGUGUUGUGUUUGGUAGAGCAAUAUCGAAUGUCUAUAAAAAUAAUACUUUUCUUACACUUUCUUGUAAUAUCGUAAAGAUUCGCAAUAUUCAGUAAGUUGAUACGGUGACCAUGACAUUUUGCUUUAAAAUAGCAAUUUUUGAUCAAAACAUGCACGGAUCUCGACAAAAUUCUCUUGUGAAGACUGAUAAAACUAUGAGGGUAUAGAUGAAUAUCCUGCUCUCUUCCUCUUCCUGUUUAUUUUGAUAAUAACUCUUGAUAACAUUGUCUUUUGCAAAGAUAAAUUAGAAAUUUUGAUCAGUAAAUUAUAUACUUUCCUUUAAUAGUACUAUAAAACACGUAUAUUACCUCUCUAAAAGAGUGGUUUAUUACUAAACACAUAAGAAACAAAUUAGGAAAAACAAAUUUUCAUAUAGGAUAUAAUCAUAUAAUUCUAAUUUGAAACUUUUUCUA